AUGGGCGUCCCGCAUUCCCUACGGACAACAGCUACCGUAUACAUUCAGGUAGAUGACUCAGUACCAGUUGGUGAUCCGAUGGACGAUGCAGGUGGCUAUCUUGCUGACAGCCACAGCCAGUAUGGUUAUGGGAAACCUCCGGAGGAUGGAUCCGCAUUGAAUUUCUACAUUAUCAUUUCGAUUGUUUCCAUCUCCUUCAUGAUCUCUGCUAUCCUUAUCAGUGCGAUAUGCAUUGCUCUACGGAAGAGAAAACAGACUCCAAUCAGAUCCGUUUCACGAUCAUCUGAUAGUAACGGUGGAGUGAAUAUACCCAUGUCAGAUUACUAUGCAGCGGAGAAGUUAAACACGGGCAUAUCUCCGGAUGGAUCCCGAAGUGGUAGUUUGUGUGGUUCGUCCACCAAUCAAUCAGCUGUCAGUCCGAAACACGUGCAAACAAUGGCGACGGUGGCUGAAAUGAAACAACCCCCCAGUUCCGAAGACGGCACUGUGACUCCGGUCCUCGAUCCGAUUCUCAGCUAUGGACCACCACUUAUGCAAGUUGUCAACUUGCAACCAUGCAACCCUGCCGUUUCAACCGUGUCCGAUAUGAAGGCAUUACGGUUGAUGUGCUCGGAGCAUGGGACGGUAUCACGUUUGUUAGGCGGUCAGUAUGAUACAGGGCAAACAAAGCCGACAUCUUCGGAGGCCACGAUAAUUUUGUGUGCUUCGGACUAUGCCCCAAAUAUGUACCCGGUUAGUAUGCAGAAUCCGAUGCACAUGGAACACGGGAAAAUGGCUACGGAUGAUUUGCAUACAGCAAUUCAACAACCAGUGACUUUGAUAAACUACACUCAUCCGAUGGAAGUGCAACAUUUAUGCGUCCAUCCUCCUCAGGCGAACCGAAAUCCGAUGCUGAUUUUGGCGAUGGUGAUUUUGGAGUGUUGGCAGAUUGAUUGUUGGCACUUAUACUGA